AUGGCUGCAAGGGUCUGUGGAGUUCUUGCCCUUCUUGUUGUUUUUCUCAGUGGACUGAAUGCAUCAAGACCAGCUGUAAACCAGGAACUAUCCAAUCUUUUCAAUGAGCUGUGGAGGCUGGAUGUGAAUCGUUUAACACCUGCUGUAGACUACACAAUCUCUGUUCAGGGCAGAGCUGGCUUUGUAAACCAGGGCAGCCACGUUGUUCCAGAUCACGCCUCACUGCCCCUGUUCUCCAACGUCAACGAGAACAAACUGAAGAACAUAACCACCGUCUCACGAUUCAUGAAACUCCUGGACAACUAUGAGCGGUCGACAGGCGUGACUGAGCGAGUCACAACAGAGGAGCAGACGGAGAUUAAUCUCUUCCUGGAUGCCGUCUUAGAGACAGAAGUCAUGAAGCGAGCUCAUCAGUACCUGGUGAGCAAAGGAAAGUCCAACUCCAACGUGAUGCUCUUUAAGAGUCAGCUGCGUCUGAUCUGGUUCCACCUCUACCACAGACAGAGAAACACGGGACUGGACUCCUGUGGAUUCGAGCAUGUGUUUGUUGGAGAGACAAAAUCUGGAACCGAAAUCAUCGGUUUUCAUAACUGGAUCCAGUUCUACCUGCAAGAAAAAAACAGCCACCUGGACUACAAAGGAUACAAGGCCAGAGACCAUGACCUGCCCGAUCAAGACGACCACGUUCUGAACCUCCAGUUCAGCUGGCACAGUAUCGUGAAGCCCGUUGGCAGCGCCUUCAUAGGGACCAGCCCUGAGUUUGAGAUGGCGCUCUUCACCAUCAUCUUCCUCAUGAACACAGAGAGGAGCACCACAGUGCUGGUCAACAUCGACCAGUGUCAGAUGGAGCUGGUGGUCAUCAGGCAUGGACGCUCCCUCGGGACGGCGUACCCUAAGCUGCUCAGCAGCAACAGCAGACAUGUUCGACAGCACGGACACUGAUGAGGAGGAUCCCCUGAAACUUACAUCGUAAUAAUGUUCAGAAGCCCAGAACAAACAAACGAGGGUUAUCCUUAAUCUCAGUCCAAGAACGUAUAUCAGCCCAAAGUAUUUUAAUCUUUUCAGAUCCUCCGUCCGUUCCAAUGGACAUAACAUUUCUAGGAUGUCUACAUCUAUGACGCCUGUCUAUCAACUCCACCUCAAAGCACAGAAUUAUUUGAUUUGAUGUCUGUAAGCCAAUCACAGUGUUCCACCUCAUCUAAGGUCGACUGCAGUGGGGCCACGCCCUUUUUUAAUAAGUACUGCCGACCGUGAGGAAAGAGGGAACAUUUCAGUCUAUUAUUCGUAUACUUAAAAUACACAAUUUGUGUUCAAACAGCUUUAAAUGUAACUAUCAUGAAAGAUUUACAGCUUUUAUUCAGGAUUUUUUAAAAAAAUAGUCAUCCGUUGGAAUGGCCGAUGUUUCUGAAUGUCAGCAGAAAAUGUAAAGGAGAAAUGCAGUUUAAACGGGGAAAUACUGUUCGGGUUUGAUUGUUAGUGAAUCAAAUUGAUUAUGUUCACAGAACAUUCAUCUUAUUGUUUUAAUGCACCACUUUAUUCAUGGAUAUCAGUUAAUUAUUCAUGAAAAAUAAAUAAUCUCAUGUUUUUGUCCCAAAAA